AUGGCUUCGCAGGACGUAAGUGAAUAUGUCUUCCUACAUCAAAACGAAGAGACUCAUGGGGGUGGGCCUGCUAGAACUACCAAGAGAAUCACACCGAGAAGCAAGCAGGAUUAUUAUACCCCAGCUCACCAUAAUGUUACGUCCAAAACGAUUACAGGAGAAACCAUCGAGGUGAAUUCCGACCCCGACACGCUACUGCUGAUUGUUCCAUAUGUGGCUUGCAUCAAAGAUGUAGUUGGUAGAGGGCUAGGGAGAUAG